CCAGCUUUCCUCCAGCACGCGUGCCAACAGGACGGACGUGGUUAAGCUGCGCUUGUUGUGCUUUACGGUCCCACAGGAGCAUCUCGCACUGGAAGAAGAGCCCUUUUCGGGAUUUUCCAAGACUCGCUGGAGGUAGCUCCAGACGAACGGACAGCAGGUGGAUAGCCAUGAAGAACGCUCUUUACUGGGCCAUGCUGGUCGGGAUGACCGUCAUGCUGAUGGAGAAAGGGUUGCCGGUCCGCAGUCAAGGGGACUCUCAGUCCGACAACAAGGUGAUGGAUAACAUCACUGUCCGACAAGGAGAAACUGUCUUCCUCAGGUGUGCACAGGGGGACAAGGUGACACACACAGCUUGGCUAAACCGGUCAAGUAUCCUUUAUGCCGGAGAAGACAAAUGGUCGGUGGAUCCCAGAGUGAGUCUGGUGACCCUUAAUCAAGAGGAGUUUAGCAUCAAGAUUGAAAACGUGGAUUUGACAGAUGAGGGGCAGUAUGUGUGUGCAGUCCAAACAAGCAGCAGGCCAAGAACCACCUCAGUGCACAUCCUUGUCCAAGUACCACCAAAAAUCCUCAACUUGUCAAAAGAUAUUGUGGUAAAUGAAGGCUCCAACGUCACCCUGAUGUGCCAGGCCAGCGGUAAGCCCGAGCCUUCCAUCAGCUGGAAACUCAUCUACUCAUCAGGAGACCUGGCAUCAGAGGAUGAGUACCUGGAAAUCCCCUCUAUCUCCAGACGAAGAGCAGGGACGUAUGAAUGCACAGCCGUCAACGAUAUUGACAAAGAUGUCCAGACCGUAGACAUCACCGUCAACUAUGCUCCCGCUGUAUUGGAGGGCAGAGACGUCGGGGUCACUCCGGGCCAGAGAGGAGAGCUGGAGUGUGAGGCCGAUGCCGUGCCUGAGGCAGACUUUGAGUGGUAUAAAGAUGACAGAAGGAUCCUGAUAGGCAUCGAUGGCUUUGAGAUAGUGAAUUCUGGAUCUCUGUCAAAACUGACAUUUUUUAACGUGUCCGACGGAGAUUAUGGGAACUACACUUGCGUGGCACUCAACAAACUUGGGAGCGCAAACACAAGUUUUCUCAUGUAUGUUGUAAUUGAACCCACUAGCUCAACACUAUUGCAAGGACCGAGAGCAGUUCAAGAUGGCAGCGGCGGCGCAAUGGGAGUGCACUCACACACCUGUCUCCUCUUCGUAGUGUUUCUGCCAUUCCUGUUCAGAAUUUGAAGAGGAACGGAUUACAACACACAUCUUUUGUUUGUGUGUAAGUGUGUGUGUGAGAUUUUUUUUUCUCAACCCGGAAACAUAAACUAGUGCACAGUGAGUGCACAGAGUAUCCUACUACAUAAGGAUGUUGACCCACUAAAAAAGUACUUAACAAAAAGUUUCAGUUGUAUUGUUUUUUUAGAUUUCAAGGAUGGAAAACAUGCUUCCGGAAAUGUUUUCUCUAAAUUAUAUUAGUCUGGACUUUUUUUUCUAUUUCAUUAGGUCUAAGAGAAAAACAUUUUUGAUUGUGGUGUCUCUUAUUAAACCUGAUUCGUCUUCAUUUUAAACUGCACAGAAGAAUUAUCUUAACUCCAGGAGGAGGCAAAUUUACAUUGAGUAUGAGAGGUAAAUGUUAAAUAACUCAGUCAUACUGGGACAGUGAAGCAGGAGGAAUUUAGGUUACCAUGAGGUUGAAAGCCUGCUAUUUGUGUAAUUAUUAUCAAUCCUUCUGGUUGUUGAGACAGAAUUGUUUUUCACCUUGACGUAUCAUAUAGUGACAUACUUGCAGUUGUGUAAUGCUAAUCUUUUAAUUUUAUUUUUUCAGUUAUGUUUAGUUUUAAAUACUUUUAAGAAGGGAAAAUAUAAAGUUGUAUUUAGGACAAAUAUCCUUGUUUUAUGUCAUUUUUUUGGACACAACAAUGCUGUGAAGAAUACUUAUUAUGAAUAUGUAGUUAGAAAUGGAGGGACGGUUUGCUCCACUUGUGUAGGGCCACAGAGGCCACUUAGUCGCAUCAUGUCAACACAACACAUCAACGGGCUUCACUGGAUAUCUCUUUUCUAGUCUCGACACACAAGACACACAAAACACAGACACCUUCUCCACACUAUUAAACUUUUAUUUUUAACAUGGGUUCCACAUUGGGUCAUAUGGAAAUCUAAAAUUACGCACUCUUUCAAACCAAAAUGUACAGUAUGUGUUUUAUGACUGGGAAAUGCUUAUUCUGAACAUGAUGUUCCCAGCUUUUAUUAAAAAAAAAUUAAUUGCAGGCUUACUGCAGAGAAUGCAAGCUAAUUCCAAUAACCGUGAUGAAACGUGAUGAGAGGUCCGGGUAACAAAAAAAACACUACAUUUGUUCUUAUUUCCUAACUUGUGGCUGGUCAGACAACAAAACAAAGAAAUCUUUUGUGUGUCUUAUGGAGGAGAAUCAGAGCACACAGCAUUUCAGUAGCAUUUUGACGAGCAGGAAACUCUGUUACCAUAUUUCAUUUGUGAGCGUAAGGAUUUUAUGCAACAAUAACAAACCUCUAACACAACACCAGUAAGAAUUCCAAGAAGGUGUUUUGUCUUUUUAUGGUCUGUUGGGUGGGCAAACUAUUCACACCAACUGCCACACUCAGGUUUUAAACAUCAUGCCUCUAUUGCAAAAUGCAUUGCCGGUUGUAAUUGUGAACUUACAAACACAACCAUCUUCUGGCUGCACUGCACGUCAUUUAACUGUGCAGGCCCAUAGGAUUUGCAGAAUUCCAUUAACACAACAUCAAGCGGGGAUAGCAAAUGCCAUCAAAUUAGCUUGUGGCGGGGAAAUGGCGCGCUUCUUAUUAUCCCUCAGCUCCCCUUUUGUUUUUCCCCUGGCUUAACACAGCUCUGGUGAUGUUGUAGUCCUUCUUCAUGUGUUCCCACUUCAAGAUAUAUUUUUAACUCCUCUAGCAUCAUUUUGACUUUUUAGAGACAACACGGUUUGUGAAACAGCAUUAUUGAAAUUGAUCUAAGUAAUCAGUAGCUGAAUCUGACGGGCUAAUCACACUUUGUUGUCACACACAAUACAAUGAGAUAGAGAGACUAUUAUUCAUCUCUAGCACAGUAAUGUUUGAUAAUUACAUGGUAAUUAUUCCUUCUGGCUAGAAAGCAUGGCACCACUGAGCCCUUGUCUAUAAUGCCACAAUAUGCAUUAACAAUCACAGCCUCACUGCAUUGAGAUUGGAAAUGUGCUGUACACCAUGCUUUAUUAUUUGCCUCGAAACAUCUGUUCAUAAACACAUAUUUUACUGAUGUAAUACAGACUCUUGUUUAUUUUAUAGCACAGGCAAGCACACAACCUUUUUCUUUUUACUACCUCUGAGCAAUUGUGCAGGAAGUUGCUUAAUUAUUUAUCAUCGCAGCAAUCAGCACCAUAAAGUAAUAUUUACAUAUGGUCCUGGGUGUGCAUUAAUGUAGGCUGUACUGUUCACACUAAUGCUAGACCACUGUGAGUUUCUCCAGGAGUCUCAGAGUACUUGGCUGACAGCUGUAUUCCAUUGCUUUGUUCUCAAUAAUAAGUAACAUGUUGUUUAUUUCAUGUCAUAUCAAAUAUAGUUUAAGUUCGAGAAAAGCACACUAUCACUGAGAACAAACCCUUGUCAGCGUACACCUUUAGAGCAAAUAUAACCCAGGAGGGCUGCCGACAAAAUAUAUUUCCAGAUUAAAUGAAAAAUAAUGAGGGUGUUUUCUUCACAACCAGUGGUAAUGAGAUUCCUAUUUGGCUUCACCUAAGAAUCCACCUAAUAAUAGCAAUUCCAUCUUGUUACUAUGGCAUGUUAUCAAUGUCAAAUAGGCGUUGUUGAUGAGGGUUUGAUGAGAUAUGCGGUCACAGUGAAGCACUGAGCUGAGGAAGCCACAUCGAGAGCAGUCUGAUCUCUGAUCUGAGGAUGGGGUAUCCUCCCUUUAUCAAAGGAGAUGGAAAAAAGUUAGCACUGUCACAUCCUGACUGGGUAUUCUGCUAGAUCAUAUUUCUAAACUUUUGGCCUUGCCCACAUGCAGCUAACAGAAAGGUACGAUCUUAAUUUUCUUGUUCUCAAAUUCCUGCUGUGCCAAACAUAUUACAACAGAAGGCAUGUAGAGAAAACCUAUGCAGACUGUCUCUUUAAAGGCUGUCUCUUUAAAGGCUUCAUUUGGAUUACUUUAUGACCUGAGGCCUUUUGCACUACUUGGCACCAGUUUCCUCUCUGCAUUAUGGGCAAGGCAGCCUCAAGGAUAGAUGAGACAGGAUUGCAGAGGAGUUCAACAAACACAAUCACAUUUCAGUUUGUGAGACAGCGGGAUGUUUUGUGUUGCGUGUCACAGCCAUUUUCAAUGUCAUGGCUCAUAUAGUUGAGAAAACUCUAAAGCUCUUGGUUGCUGUAAGAAAGCUCUCAUCCCUGUUGUCCCGUUAGCAGGACUCCUCCUCUACUCUAGAAGUCACACCCAGUGCGAUGCACCCUGUCGAUGAAAAAACAGUUAAAUGAAGUUAAAACUAAAACAUUGAUUUUUCUAGCUGCAUUAAAGGAUUAAACAAAACACAGCAGCUGUUGACAUUGAACUGUCAUGAUUGGGAACACUCUACCAUCUCUCUCUUUGUCAACAAGUGUACUGCAGUUUCUUUCUCCAUGGCAAACACAAAGUCUGUGCUUCCUUUAUAUGGAAGCAUCUCCCAUUAAGCAUUGAAAAAAUAUACACACUGCAAGUCCUGUUCAAACCAGACUUAUAUUGAUUGUAGAGGUAGAGGAUUUUGGACAUUCCUGAUCCAACCCCACAACCCAGCAAGGAAACUGCACCAAGAAGAAGGCUGAUAUUUUGGCAGUAGCGCAGCAAACUUAUGCCGAUUUGACCAAUUCCAAUUUCUGUUCGAAAACAGGAUUGCACUGAGAUCGAAGGAGGCCAUGGGUCUAGCUUUUUUUGUCUCCAUAUGGCCAAGGCAAGAUCCUAUUCUCUCUUAAGAAUAUUUGAUACCAGUUAAGAAAGCGGACUUGUAUUGCAACUAUCAGAUAGUACUUUUCAUUUCAGGUGUUUUGUGACACUUGCACUUAGAAGAGAUCAUUUUUGGAUGUGAACUUUGGUUGCACAAAUCCUACCUUUAAUUCAGCUAUCGUGGGACUAUCAUGGCAGACAAAUGGGGUAGUCUCAUGAUCUGUUGGGGUUUAUUUUGAAUGAUUCACCAAUAGAGGAUUUGGUUACAAGUUCACAGGGCUCCCUUCAAAUUUGGAAUGUUUCCAAGUGAAGGGGGUCCCAAAGUUAUUUGACUCUUUGCAUUGUAAAGGAUUGUUGGUUUCUAUGUAUUUUCUUGACGAAAAGUGUGUGGUCAUAUUUAAGACUGACAAUAAUAAAAUGUUGUAUCUUAA